GUUAAUCAGUCAUGGUUGUCAUUCAGUCAUUGCAAAGUGGUUUUAGCAGUAGUCGACUAACGUCGUCUCUUCAAUUGUUGCAAUUUUAUGUAGUUCGUUUAUGGUUGGGAAGGGUCGUUGAGCAGGAAAUGAUCAAAAAUCACAUAAAGAUCCAAUGAGAUCUGUAUUUUUUUACAUUGUUACUACGUUGCUAAAUUUGUUACAAAUUUAAAAUGUUUAUAUGUGCGUGUGGAAAUAGUUUAGUUUAACAAGUAAAUAAAGUGAAGUGGACUAAUUCAUCACUGCCAAAAUGGGAAAUUUAUUCAAUGAAAAUUCGGCUAACAGAUUAUAUAAUUUAGACUUUUUAAAUUGUGCAAUCUGUAUCAUUUAAUUAAAUUGAUUGAUAAUUGUAGCCCUGAAUUUACCACUUAAAAAUUGUAAUCAGUGGUCAUACAGUUCUGUGUAUAAUUGGACAUGAUCUUUUGUUUACACUUUUAUGUAAUCUCGCCCUCGUGAAUGUCAGUGGGCUGAAAUACUUUUGGUGCUCUCAUGAGAAUAAUAUUCCAGGCUAAUUAAUAUGCUUGCGUGUGUAUGACCCAGUUUUCUUGAUUUUACGUAAUCACAAUUUCGUGUAGGAACUUUUCGUCAAGAUUUUUGCAAAAAAUAGCAAUUUUAAUUUUUUUAAAUAUACAAGUUCCCUUGGAAUAUUGCAUCAUUCUGCAUGUAAAUCUUUAAUGCAAAUGUAAUGUCGUCCAAUUGAUUAAAAAUCGUGUCGCAGACAAACUACGUACCUGUAUUAAUGCGUUACCCGAUCAAAUUAGUCCAGCCAAUAAAAUUCCCAUUCAUUUAUACAUACGUACGCGUUGUGUUAAUGCAUCAUCAAUAAAAUUCAAGUGCAUUGGAAUUGAACACGGAAUUUUAAUCUGUUGCGUAUUGUUUAAAAUUAAUGGCUCGUCGGUAAUUGUAUGCCUACAAGAUUUAUUGUGUUACCUGGAACUCUGAAGUUGUGCAAAUAAUUGAUUAAAUGUGAUAAGAGUUGAAUGGACAUCUCAGAAUUUGAAUUAAAAGUUAUCACAGUUCAGUGUCAGAGGUGAGGUAGUCUGGAAAUCCACUCUUUGUCCGUAACAAAAAUUGCAAUUAACAAUGUGUGACAAAAUGUAGUAAAUGAGGAAAUAAAGUUUCAUUAAUAGAAUUAAAGUUUAAAAGUUUAUAUACAAAAUUAACAAUAAAAUGGCGUCAAACGAUAUGGAAAUGAAAGCUGGAGGAGUCGACAAUCGUGCAUUCGAUCCCUCUGAAGACUUUAAAGAUGAUCUGGAAAGAAAAAAAUCCCAAACCAAUUCGAGCACCGUUGUGCCAUCCGCCCCAGAAAAUUCCCCCGACGAUCCUGACGACACUGUCGACCGAAUGACAUGGGAUAAUCAGUGGGAAUUUCUAUUUUCCUGUAUUUCAAUGAGUGUUGGUCUCGGUAACGUGUGGCGUUUUCCGGUGACGGCUUACGAGAAUGGCGGAGGGGCUUUCAUUAUUCCAUAUUUUAUUGUUCUUCUAUUCAUCGGGCGUCCAAUUUACUUCCUUGAGCUCUGUUUGGGACAAUUUGCUAGCUAUUCUCAAGUUAAAGUGUGGAAGUGUGCUCCAAUUUUUAAGGGGGUCGGUUUUGGCACGAUGGUGGCAGCCCUCAGCGUGUUGACAUAUUACUGUUCGAUCCUGGCGUUGGCCGUGUAUUACUUUAUACUCUCUUUCAGAAAAGAUUUACCAUGGGCGCAUUGUGACGAAGAUUGGGCUGGGAAAGGAAAUUGUUUCAACAAAACUACACUUAAUCCCAACAUUUCUUCUACACUGCCCGAUUUGUUCUUCUCGAAGGAAAUCCUACGUGAAUAUGACAACAUCGAUGAUGGGAUUGGACCCCCAGAUUGGAGAUUAACUCUCUGCUUGUUAUUCUCAUGGUGUUUCAUAUUCUUUAGUAUCGUUAAAGGAGUAAAAUCCAGUGGAAAAGUGGCCUACUUCACCGCACUUUUUCCUUACCUUGUUUUACUGGUCUUGUUAAUAAGGGGCGUGACUUUACCUGGUGCUGGAGAUGGAAUUGAGGCAUUUUUCAAGCCUGACUGGUCAAAAUUAUUAGAACCAGCGGUGUGGUACGCAGCGGUGACUCAGUGCUUCUUUUCUUUAAAUACUGGUACCGGAUCCAUCAUUAUGUUCGCUAGCUAUAAUCCAUUUAGGCAUAAUAUUUACAGAGACUCCAUCGUAGUCAGUUUAAUGGACACUUUCACCAGUAUAUUGGCUGGUAUUAUCACAUUCGCUAUUUUGGGCAAUUUGAAAUACGAAUUGGGAGCAGAAAGCAUUGAUGAUGUCGUGCAGGGUGGAACAAGCCUUGCAUUUGUCGCGUACCCAGAUGCUAUUGCUAAAAUGGACUGGGUACCACAAUUGCUAGCUGUCCUAUUUUUUAUGAUGCUUUUCACCCUUGGCGUCGGAAGUGCUACCGCAGAUGCUGGAGCAAUUGCAUCCAUUUUCUGUGACAGAUACCCAAAUAUCAAAAGGUGGCAUGUCACUGGAGCCAUUUGUGUUUUCGGGGCCAGCGUUGGGCUCAUUUAUGUGACACCGGGCGGACAAUGGAUGACAGAUUUGGUGGACUUUUUUGGUGGCGGAUUUGUAAUUUAUGUAAUGUCAACAUUGGAAGUUAUAGGAGUCGCCUGGUGCUAUGGGUUAUACAAUUUUAUCAACGAUAUGGAAUUCAUGACGGGGAAACGAUUGAGUUAUUAUUGGAAAAUUUGCUGGGGGAUUCUAAUCCCUAUUUUCCUAACAGUUAUUUUAUUAUAUUCACUGAUUAAGGAGGGAAAUCUUACCCACAAUGAUAUGCCAUAUCCAACAAUUGCUAUCGUAUUUGGAUGGUUAAUUGCCACGACAGCCUUAAUAACGAUACCAAUCGGUGCUACAUUUGCUGUUUUGAGGUCUAAAGGAGCUACCAUUACGGAUAAAAUAAUUGAAGCCACAAAACCAAAACAUGAUUGGGGACCACGUAGCAAAAAGGAGAAGCGUGAUUGGAUCAUAUUUAAAAAUAAUGCUGAUCAAAGGACAUUUUUCCAACGACUAAGGGAUCGAUCAGGACUUUGAGUGAAUUAAGUAGUUACCGAAAUAAGACGAAUUUGUGAUUUAUAUAAUGCAAUAAGUAUCAUAAAAUUGUGAUUAUAAAAUGCAUGCACAUGCAUACUUUCAUAAAAAAACAGAGUAUUCAAAUAAAACAGGUCGCAGUAAGGCUAAAGCAAUUGAA